UGCGAUUGUAUGCUUUGUACCCCAAAUGCAAUGCGAUGAGUGUGUUUGUGUAUCAAGACGCACUAAUGCCUUAGACGCACGCGGACUGACAUGCUGGAAGAGGUGUUUUGAAACCUUUCUUACCUUCAAUGUCCAAUAGGAAUCAUCGAAAAGGGAAAAUACUACAUGCGAACACGGCCGUGUGAUUCUGUGUCCCCUCGAGAGCCAUUGUCGAGAGGUUUGCAAAUAGGAAACUAGUAAUCAACGCUUUCCGCGAUUAUAAGAUCCGCUCGAUAACGGUAGUAGGUGUACCUAUAUAUACAACUAUGGUUUUGAAACACCGACAGCAGUUUGUUGAAUUGUGUGUACCGAACUACGUCUGAACUGUGUGCCAGUAUGGCCCUCUACUACUGGCUAGCUUUACUACUGUUGGGCUGGUCUACUGUGACCGCCCAGAAGGAUUGGUGGGAAAGUGCGAGCUUCUAUCAAAUCUAUCCGCGAUCGUUUCAAGAUAGUAACGGCGAUGGAAUAGGCGAUCUUAAUGGCAUCAAAAGUCGGUUGCCGUAUCUGAAGUCACUCGGUAUGACUGCAUUUUGGCUUUCCCCGAUCUACCCUUCGCCGAUGGCCGACUUUGGGUAUGAUAUCUCCAACUUUAUGGACAUUCAUCCGAGCUUUGGAACGUUGGCUGACUUUAAGCAGCUGGUGGAAGAAGCGAAAAAACUGCAAUUACGCAUCAUCCUCGACUUCGUGCCUAACCAUUCGAGCGACGAGCAUGAGUGGUUCAAGAAAAGCGUUCAGCGAGUAAGUGGGUACGAAGACUAUUACGUGUGGCAGGAUCCCAAACCGGGCACGGAACGCGACCCUCCAAACAACUGGGUUGCAGCAUGGUACGGUUCGGCGUGGGAAUGGAAUGACGAGAGAAAGCAAUUUUAUCUGCACCAGUUUCACAAGAAGCAGCCCGAUCUGAACUACCGCAACCCGGCCGUGGUGCAGGCUAUGAAGGAUGUGUUGCGCUUCUGGUUGGACCAGGGCGUCGACGGCUUCCGUAUUGAUGCGGUCCCGUGGCUGUUCGAGACGGUGGGUUUCCCGGACGAACCUGUUAGCGGUCAUUCCACCGAUCCGUUAAGUCAGAACUACCUUACCCACAUUUAUACGCUCGAUCAACCGGAAACCGUUGACAUGGUGUAUCAAUGGCGGGAAUUGAUGGAUCAGUACAAACAAGAGCACAAUACCACCACCAAAGUGCUCAUGACCGAGGCAUGGUCCUCGUUGGAUGUUGUAAAAACGUACUUCAACGACAGUAACAACCGGCAAGGAUCGCAAAUGCCGUUCAACUUCCAGUUAAUCAUGCGGCUGGAUCAAAAUUCUAAAGCAUCCGAUUUUCAGACGGUUAUUAACUCGUGGCUGGAUAUCAUUCCUCCUGGCCACACGCCCAACUGGGUGCUUGGUAAUCACGACAAACGUCGUGUUUCGUCACGGAUGGGUGGAGAUCAUAUGGUAGACAUAAUGGCAAUGAUCGAGCUCACCUUACCCGGCAUAACGGUCACUUACCAGGGAGAAGAAAUUGGAAUGCAUGACGUUGAUAUCUCGUGGGCGGACACUCAAGAUCCUGCUGCAUGCCAGCUGACCGAAGAGACGUAUCAGGAAGGUACACGCGACCCAGCCAGAACACCGUUCCAGUGGGAUUCUACUGCAAACGCAGGUUUUACGAACGCUUCUGUAAAACCGUGGCUUCCGCUAGCUACCGAUUAUCCGCUGGUGAACGUAAAAACACAACAAGAAUCAGCCCAAAACAGUCAUAUAAAGGUGUUCAAGGAGCUGAUGAACUUACGCGGCACAAACACGCUUAUCUGGGGCUCGUUUAAGUCACUGGUACUUGGCGAAAAUGUGUACGCUAUACUGCGUUCUUUCCCCAACGACAAACGAACAUAUGUCGUGCUGGCAAACAUUGGCUCCAAGAGCGAAAUAAUUGACGCUACAAAACUGGACAACAGUUUACCGAACGAGCUUGUGUUUCGCGUGGUAAGCGUAUCGUCAAAUCAUAUCACCGGAGAAUCGGUCGCAACAAACAACAUUCUUUUACAGCCUUACGAAGCCGUAGUUUUGGCUAACCAUGCAAUUCGACUGGCGCAGCAGCUUUAUGUAUUGAUCGGUGCUUUUGGUAUGUUGGUGGGUGUGCAAUUGUUUAAGGCGUAAGCACAAAAUUCGCUUAAAAGUGUAGCAGUGAAACAAUAAAAAAAGAAUAUCCUUCAAAAUA